UGAGAACGUGCAGGACUGCUGAUGCUGGAGGUGGCUCUCCUGUCACUGGGGCUGGAGACAGCGGGGGACUUGAUGACUGUCCUGAUCAAGCACAACUCCACCAUCCCCACCAAGCAGACGCAGAUCUUCACCACCUACAGGGACAACCAGCCCGGGGUGCUGAUCCAGGUGUACGAAGGUAAGAGGGCCAUGACCCAGGACAAUAACCUGCUGGGUCGCUUCAAGCUGAGUGACAUCCCUCCUGCCCCCAGGGGCAUGCCCCAGAUCGAGGUGACCUUUGACAUCGACGCCAAUGGCAUCCUGAAUGUCAUGGCCACCAACAAGUGUACAGGCAAAGCCAACAAGAUCACCAUCACCAAUGACAAGGACUGCCUGAGCAAGGAGGAGAUCGAGUGCAUGGUGCAAGAGGCUGAGAAGUACAAAACCAAGGACAAGGUGCAGCGUGAGAGGGUGCCUGACAAGAACGCCCUGGAGUCUUAUGCCUUCAACAUGAGGAGCACUGUGGAGGAGGAGGGGUUCAAAGGCAAGUUCAGUGAGGCAGACAAGAAGAAGGUGCUACACAAAUGCCAGGAGGUGAUCUCCUCGCUAGAUAUCAACACACUGGCCAACAAGGAUGAGUUUGGGCACAAGAGGAAGGAGCUGAAGCAGGUGUGUAACCCCAUCAUUAGCGGACUGUACCAGGGGGCAUGUGGCCCUGGGGCUGGUGGCUUUGGGGCUCAGGCUCUCCAUGGUGCCUCUGCAUCUGGCCCUACCAUUGAGGAAGUGGAUUAAGG